CACCAAACUUUCUUAAAUUGUUAAAAAAAAAAUUGUAAUACGUUUUUAAUUUCAUAUCGCAAUAAUGAACAAAAUGUACAGUUCCGUAAAGAAAUCAAUUUCAUUCAACGGGUUUAGUCUAUUUUUCCGACAAUUAACCACGAGCUCGAAAACUUAUGGAAAAUUCCGAAUUCAAAGCUUGCAGGACUUCGAUGCGCAUGUCAGAAACAGUAAAGUGCCUGUAAUCGUUGAUUUUUUUGCUACCUGGUGUAAUCCAUGCAAAGCUAUGACCCCUCGCCUUGAAUCUAUCAUUGCUGAGAAUGAAGGAAAGGUAGAUUUAGCCAUAGUCGAUGUAGAUGAAAAUACUGAUCUGGCCCUUGACUACCAGGUUGGCACAGUGCCCGUCUUAUUGGCAAUCAAAAAUGGUAAAGUUGAACAUCGCCUAGUUGGAUUACAAGAUACUGAAAGUAUAAGAAAAUUUGUGGGCAAUAUAUUGCAUGAACCAAGCGAUGAGAGCAAAGAAAUAAUACUAGAGGAGGAAUCCAAACCUUUAUCCAAUGCCACAUGAAAUGAGC